UCACAAGACCCACCGUUGCUUAGCUUGGUUGGUGGGUGAGUACAAUUGUAAACCCCCAACCCGUGCUCGAUUCCCCUCGAGGGGCGUUGACUUUUAAGUGGGGCCCAAUCAAGUGCAUACUAGAAAGUUUCUGGGGUGAAUGUCUCUUCUAGAUCAGCCGAUGAUUAAUCAUGCCACUAAGCAUCUUUUCAGAGGUGACAAUCGGUGGAUAACCAGUUCCAAAAAAAAAUCAUCACAAGAAGUCCACGAAAAAUUAAGUCAAAAUAUUAUAAUAUAAGUCUUUUAAGGGCCUCUAUGUUAUUUUGACCAAAUCCCAAGAAAUUUUGAACAAUUAUUUCAUUUUGAUAAUCAUUAAAAAGAGCUAACUCUAACACAAAUAAUACCUUGUUUGAUUUUCAGACCAAAAGUUUCAGAUCCAACUCCUGAAGCAAGCAAGCAACGUUACUUAUAACGCCAAGCUACCUCUCAUUCCCUCUAAACAUGCUGGAUUAAGUCCCACGCAAGCAUCAGAAUCAAACCAAAACUCUCUAACUCUAUAUUCUUGCCAGUUUCCCCCUUCUUCAACUUCAAGAUUACUACACAUAUAAAUACCAAUACUUAUAACGUUUCAAAACAUCAAAAACUAAUUACCUACCAAACUUUCCCUGGUUCCCAUGUCUUCUCCGGCAGCUAAAGAACAAAGCUACCAGCGGCUCAACCAUGAACUCCGCGACGUGAUCUCCAUCCUCACUGGACUCGGACAACCCGACAAUGUCGGUGCUGAUGAUGCCAUGGGGAUCAUCACACUCGCUGGGUCGAACAUAGGAGCAAUGAUGAAGAUGGAAGGUCCUGGAGCUUCCAUCGAUCACACCACUGCUGCCGUGAACCCCAAUGGCGGCGAGGGAACCGAGGCAUUUGCCAAUAGUAAUUAUCAAAGCAUUAACAACGCCAUUGUGAUUGGCGGUAGCUGCGGCGCUGAGGACCCCGGCGUUCAUCUCCUCAUCCAGGAUUAUGUGGAAGGAGAUGAUGAAGGAGUUGAAGAAUAUCAUGAGACAAAGAGCAAGGAAAAGAAGAAAGAUAAGGAGAAAAAGGAGAAGAAGAAGAAAGAGAAACCAGAAAAUGAGAAGCAGAGUGCUGAGGGUGAAGAUGUGAAUAGGAAUGAUGAUGAAUGAGGAUGCAGAAGUGGUGUUAUGUACGGUUUGUUUGGUCUGUUGUGGUGAUCUUAACAUGCUAUUUUAUUUUUAUCAAUGAAAGAGGAAUAAGAGUGAAUGCUUAAAGGUGUUGGAAAUCUGAAUGUCUCGUAGGCUACAUAUUUUGUUUAGCAUGCCGACAUAAUUGUCACAUUCCUUCGGAUUUCUAGGUCAUGGCGAUUAGAGUUAUAUGGAAGCUAUAUUUACAGUACUAAAAUUCUCACAGAAAUUGCUACAUUUCUCAAAGUUUUAAUUAGCAAAAAAUAUUGAUGUACAGUUUUCAUCUGAGAAGUUCAUUAACAUAAUUUUGAUGGCUAUUAUAGUAAUAAUUUUUUAUUAAUAUGCUAAUAAUUUUUAUUAAUGUUGUAUUUUGGAACAUUCGUGGCAUAGAGAUAUAAAGAAUUUAAUGUCUUAGAUUUGAAUGAGGAUC